ACUCCCCGCCUGUGAAAAGUAGUGGGAGGCGUCGCAGUAAAAAGUAGAAGAGAAAGGAGAGUUGGUGGCGUUUCUGCACCAUUUGGAGGGCGGAGGGACGGCGAAUGAGUAGAGCGCGAGGUCGGUUGCGCCGUUAACCGACGGGUUCGAUCGGUGGAGUUAACGUUUGAGAAGAGAAACUCCAAAAGAGUAGCUAGCUAGCUCCGAUGAUGGCAAGCGACGGUGUCUCCGGCCAUGCCCAGCAUCAGCAGCGUCAAAUCUCCUUAGACAUGCUUCAUCCUUCGCCGUCUUCCUCAGCUUCGAUGCGCUCGAGCUUCAACAUGAAAUCAAGCAAAUUAGAGAUCGGAUCUUAUGACAUAGGCGAGUUAGAUCAAGCUUUGUUAACGUAUUUGGAUGGACAACAAGAUUACCCGGCAUCAGCUCAAGAACACAGACGGGCUCUUGUUUGCAGAGAUUUUGAACAUUUUCCCUUCUCAACCCAUGCAUGUAGAGCCGUCGACAAAGGUACGGGGACUACCAACUCAAGAGGAGAAGGGAUAAGCUUAACCUCUUCUGCAAGUAGUGGUUCUAAAAAUAUUUCAGAGCGAGCCACAGAGUUUUGCAACAUUAAAGGUGAUCAUCCAGUGCAGGGAAAGGAUGACAAAGUACAAGUGACCAAGAAGGCAUGGAACAGAAAGGCAAUGGGAGGGCCCAAGACAUCAGACCCUAAGACACUGAGAAGGCUUGCUCAGAAUAGGGAGGCAGCUAGGAAAAGCAGACUUAGGAAGAAGGCUUAUAUUCAACAAUUAGAGACAAGUAGAAUUAAGCUCACUCAGAUUGAGCACGAGCUUCAUAGGGCAAAAGCACAGGGUGUAUUACUUGGAGGUGGAGGUCUUCUUAGGAACCAAGGCCAUCCCACAGGUGUUAGUGGACUAAUCUCAGAUGAAACCAUGUUUGAUAUGGAAUACACGAGGUGGCUUGAAGAGCACCACCGGCUAAUGUGUGAGCUCCGAGCAGCGGUGCAAGAGCAGUUGCAGGAGAACGAGCUCCAGAUGUAUGUGGAGAGUUGCAUCUCGCAUUACGAUCAAAUGGUGCAUCUCAAGAGCACGGUGAUCAAGUCGGACGUCUUCCAUCUCAUCUCCGGCACGUGGAUGACUCCUGCCGAGCGCUGUUUCAUGUGGAUGGGAGGCUUCCGCCCCUCCGAACUCAUCAAGAUUCUGUCGAGCCACAUCGACCCAUUGACGGAGCAGCAGAUACUGGCAGUGUGUGGCAUGCAACAGUCGAUGCAGGAGGCAGAGGAAGCAUUGAGUCAAGGCCUUGAAGCCCUUAAUCAGUCUCUCUCGGAAACCAUCAACUCUGACGCAUUCAACUGCCCUUCCGACGUGGCCAACUACAUGGGUCACAUGGCCAUCGCCAUGAACAAGCUCACCACUUUAGAGGGCUUCGUUCGACAAGCAGACAACUUGAGACAGCAGGCACUUCACCGGCUUCACCGGAUCUUGACGACGAGGCAGAUGGCACGAUGCCUGUUAGCCAUGGCUGAAUACUUUCAUCGCCUUCGCGCACUCAGCUCACUUUGGCUGGCUCGACCGAGGAACGAUAUUUAACUGAUCGAUCGACUGAUAGAACUCCGACACUGAUUGAGUCGUCAUGAUUAGCAUGCAUCGUUAAGGUGAUUAAAAGGUUUAACCGAUCCGCUAGCUAGCUAUUUGUUAAGGGCCACAGUUAGUUAAUCUGUGGUGGCAAAAUUGCAAGAGAAGAAGAGAGAGUACUCGUUGUCCAUCCAUUUGAAUCCUAUUCAGAGAGAUGUACAGGUGUAUCAUGAUUGUGUGAAUUUACACUGGAAAAUGUUUCACAUCUUCUUCUCCUUUACCUUUA